AUGGGUAGUGGUGUCAGUUCAGAGAGUAAGGAGUCUGCGAGAAGAUCUAAAGAACUAGAAAAGAAACUCCAGGAAGAUGCAGAGCGGGAUGCCAGGACAGUCAAAUUGCUCUUGUUGGGUGCUGGAGAAUCAGGAAAGAGCACUAUUGUGAAGCAAAUGAAGAUCAUCCAUAAACAAGGCUUCACAGAUCAGGAAUACAUGGAAUUCAAAUCGGUCAUUUACAGUAACGUGUUGCAAUCCAUCCUGGCUAUCGUGAAGGCAAUGUCAACAUUAGGGAUUGAUUUUAAAAACCCAGCCAGUAAAGAGGAUGAAAGUCAACUGUACACUAUGGCAAAUACUACAGAGGAUGGCACCAUGACUCCUGAAUUGGCUGAAAUCAUAAAACGACUGUGGCAAGACCCAGGGAUCCGGACCUGCUGUGAAAGGGCAGCAGAAUAUCAGCUCAACGACUCAGCAGUUUACUAUCUCAAUGAUCUGUCCAGGCUGACAGCUCCUGGAUAUAUUCCUAAUGAACAAGAUAUUUUGCGCUCACGAGUGAAAACAAGUGGAAUUAUUGAGACUCAGUUUUCCUUCAAGGAUUUGAACUUCAGAAUGUUUGAUGUGGGUGGACAACGAUCAGAGAGAAAGAAGUGGAUUCACUGCUUUGAAGGAGUUACUUGCAUCAUAUUUUGUGCUGCACUCAGUGCGUAUGACAUGGUCCUGGUGGAAGACGAAGAAGUGAACAGAAUGCAUGAAAGCCUUCAGCUCUUCAAUAGUAUCUGUAACCACAAAUACUUUGCUACCACCUCCAUUGUGCUGUUUCUAAAUAAAAAGGAUCUCUUCCAAGAAAAACUAACAAAGGUUCAUCUCAGCGUCUGCUUUCCAGAAUACAAUGGACUAAACACAUUUGAAGAUGCAGGAAAUUACAUCAAGCAGCAGUUUCUAGACUUGAAUUUAAGGAAGGAAGACAAGGAGAUAUAUUCUCAUAUGACCUGCGCCACAGACACCCAAAACAUCAAGUUUGUUUUCAAUGCAGUAACAGACAUAAUAAUCAAAGAAAACCUGAAAGACUGUGGGCUCUUCUAAUAUCUGUUCCCUGAACCGGAAUCCUUUCUUUCUUCCUCUGCCUCUCUCUUUUUUUC